CCACGAUGGACAAUCGAGGACAGCGUCCUCCGCGUUCUGCCCGACCCCCACAGACUCCCGCUCCCCCUUACCAGUCCCAGGACUCGCUUUCAGCCCAGCUCCCUCUCCCGCAGUAUCCUACCGAUCCACACCGAGGCAUAUCCUUCCAGAACACUGAGCGUGGCGAAAGACAGGCGCCCCUCGAUGACCGCCGACAACACUCGUAUUCUGCCUACCAACCGCAAUCGCCGCCACCUGACGCAGGGCUCGCAGAGGCAGGAGGUUAUGCUGACGGUAGAGUUGGAAGGAAGAAAAGUCUGGUCAGGCCGGACAGAGAGAAGAUUGAUCCUGGGCAUCGCCAGUACCACUAUCAUAGUCGCGUUGCUGAGUUGCAGCAGGGUGGAAAUAUAGAUUACAUGCCCUCAAGCACUGGAAACCAGCCACAAAGCGGUCUCCGGAGAGGCAAGUCACUCCUCGGCAGAGAAGAGGACCAGCAUGAAUCAGGCCUAGCGCUAUUCAAGCGCGGUACGACGCUCCGCCGCAAGAAGCCUGCGCAGCCUGCGCAGCCCGAGUCUAGAGGAUGUUUGUCGAAUAUUGGUCCCGGUCCCAAGGACCCCUGGUUCAUCUACUGCUACAUUUUGACAUGCUGGGUUCCUCCGCCCUUGCUCAGGGCCUGCGGUAUUCGCACCCCCGAGCAACAAAGGGCCUGGCGUGAGAAGAUCGGACUCCUCAGUAUCAUCGCCGCUCUCAUGGCGAGCGUUGGUUUCAUAACUUUCGGCUUCACGGAAACGGUUUGUGGAACGCCGGCGAAUCGGUUCCACGCUGGUACUAUCGAGAACGCCUCAGUCAUCAUCCAUGGCUACGACUACGACUUCUCGCAUUUCAAUCACCCUCCGGCUGGCACUACGUUCAACGGGCAGACGAACCCGCUUUUGGAAGGCGGAUGGAACAUCGCGGGCGCUGACAUCUCGUUCAUGUUCCAAAACGUGGGCCAGAACUGCAAGGGAUUUAUCAAUGAGGCCGCCAAUUCGAGUAUCUCUGGCGACACGAAUGACCCCGAGUGGUACUUUCCCUGCAAUGUCUACAACCAGUUCGGCACCUCACAGAUUAAUCUGACGGCAUACGACCAGUCUACCAACUGUCACAUAACUUCCCAGUCCCGCUCGGAGCUCGCGUCCAUGAAGCCCCAAGGCCAAGUUUACUACACAUGGGACGACGUUCAGAACACCCAGAGGAACUUGGCGAUUUUCGAAUCCUCGGUUCUUGAUUUCGAUCUCCUCCAAUGGCUGAGCCCUGCGCAAGUCUCCUUCCCGCCGCUGUUUAACGAGCUGAUGAAGGCCAAUGGAACUUUCAACGGCAAGGAUCUCAGCAUGUACCUGCUACGCACCAACCAGCGGCCCCUUGGACAUUGUCUGCAGGAUAUCGUCACCGUUGGCUUCAUCGAUACGAAUACCAUUGGAUGUGUUGCCUCGGAAGUCGUCCUAUACGUCUCGCUGGUGUUCAUCAUCGGAGUGGUCGGUAUACGCUUCUUCAUGGCUGUUAUGUUCGCUUGGUUCUUCUCCUGGCGCAUCGGGAACUUCAAGAACGAGACAUACGAAGAACGAAUGAAGCGCGCCGCCGAGAUCGAGAAUUGGACAGAAGACAUCUAUCGCCCUGCCCCCGGCUACCUUCGUCCUAACGUGCACAAGAACGGCCUUCACAAGGGUCUCAAGUCGUUCCUUCCCUCGACCUCGCGUUUCACUCCCUCUGAGAACAUGCUGAAGGGUAUGGGUGGUGGUCGCCAGUCGACCGCUUAUGGAAUGCUUGAGCCGAUGCCGUACAAGCGCAGCGCUACCAGCAUGUACGGCGGAUCAAGCAGGAAGAGUGUGUCUAAGCUCACCCCUCCGGACACCCCUGCCACCCGCCAGUCGCGGAGCUCGACUUCGCUGGACGCUGCUGCGAAGUUUGCGGAUAAUCCUUGUCCCUUCCCGCUGCACAACGUUGUUCCCCAGCCCCCUCCAGAUUAUGAACCCUUCAACUAUCCCCUAGCUCAUACCAUCUGUCUUGUCACGGCUUACUCUGAGUCUGUUGAGGGUCUUCGCACGACCCUGGACUCUUUGGCGACGACCGACUAUCCGAAUAGCCACAAACUUAUCCUUGUUAUUGCGGACGGUAUGGUUAAAGGUGCCGGUAACACUAUGACGACCCCGGAGAUCUGUUUGUCAAUGAUGAAGGACUUCGUCAUCAACCCGUCCGAGGUUGAGCCGCACUCCUAUGUCGCCAUCGCCGAUGGACACAAGCGACACAACAUGGCCCAAGUCUAUGCCGGUUUUUACGCGUACGACGACGCCACAGUGGAGAGGUCGAAGCAGCAGAAGGUGCCAAUCGUUCUCGUUGCAAAAUGCGGAAACCCGCUCGAGAAGAACGACCCGAAACCAGGCAACCGUGGCAAGCGCGAUAGUCAGAUUGUCCUCAUGGCAUUUAUGCAGAAGGUUAUGUUCGACGAGCGGAUGACGACGUUCGAGUACGAGUUUUUCAACUCGAUCUGGCGUGUGACGGGCGUGAGCCCUGACCAUUACGAGCUCGUACUCUGUGUUGACGCCGAUACGAAGGUCUUCCCGGAUUCGCUCAGCCGGAUGGUCUCAUGCAUGGUAAACGACUAUGAGAUUAUGGGUCUUUGUGGUGAGACGAAGAUUGCGAAUAAGGCAGAGACAUGGGUCACUAUGAUGCAAGUCUUCGAGUAUUACAUCUCGCAUCACAUGACAAAGGCCUUCGAGGCGAUGUUCGGCGGUGUAACAUGUCUGCCCGGAUGUUUCAGUAUGUAUCGCAUCAAAGCCCCGAAGGGCGAGAAUGGAUACUGGGUACCUAUCCUUGCCAACCCGGACAUCGUGCAACAUUACUCCGAGAAUGUCGUCGACACCCUGCACAAGAAGAACUUGCUGCUGCUCGGAGAAGAUCGGUACCUCACUACGCUCAUGCUCAAAACGUUCCCCAAGCGCAAGAACGUGUUCUGCCCACAGGCCGUUUGCAAGACCGUCGUUCCAGACACCUUUAGGAUCCUCCUCUCGCAGCGUCGUCGUUGGAUCAAUUCUACUGUCCACAACUUGGCCGAACUGCUCUUGGUCCGCGAUCUCUGCGGUACUUUCUGCUUCUCGAUGCAGUUUGUCGUUGGCAUGGAACUGGCCGGUACCCUUGUCUUGCCUGCUGCUAUCUCGUUCACGCUAUACCUGAUCAUCAUCUCUAUCAUCCCCGGCGGUACCAAUACGACGAUCCCGCUGAUCCUGCUCGCUAUCGUCUUGGGUCUCCCCGGUGUUCUCAUUGUCAUCACCUCACGCAAGAUUGCUUACGUCGGGUGGAUGAUCGUUUAUCUUCUAUCGCUUCCGAUCUGGAACGGUAUCUUGCCCGCGUAUGCCUUUUGGCACUUUGAUGACUUCUCUUGGGGUCAGACGCGUCAGGUCGCCGGCGAGAAAGGUGCUGGCGACAACCAUGGAGACAAGGAGGGAGAGUUUGAUUCAUCACACAUCGUCAUGAAGCGAUGGGCAGAAUUUGAACGCGAAAGGAGGUGGAAAGCCGGGACGCAGUCGCGGGACUCGACAUAUUACGGCACAAGUUCCCCGCAGAAGGUUGAGAGCAACCGUUAUUCGAUGGUUUCUACCAGCGACUAUCACACCCAGCAGCAAGGAUACGACUCAAGCACGCACGAGUCCGCUAACGCGACGGCGCCGCGUAAACAGGAUCCAAAUCAACUUCUCGUGCUUCCUACGCCUCUGUCCGUUUCCCGUACUGCACCAACUUCUGCUUCGACAUCUUCCGCCGGCCUAUCGCGGUCGAGUGAGGAAGGCGGUUACAAUUCGGACAUCGGCUCACAGCACCAGCGCCUCAUCCCAGGUCAACAAGACAGCUACGGCAACACUGAAGAGUAUGAGACACCCAGUCCGCAAUCGCCGUUCGACCAGCGCGUGUCAAGGGCGGCAAGCGCAAACAAUGGCGUGUACCGGCAAUCGUCUGCGUAUCAAUACACUGUCGAGACUUUCAACCCUUACGGCUACUCUCAGCCGCACACAGCAGGUUACGACGGGCAGCUGCAGCAGUUCCCAUAUACCGCAGAACCCGAGGAACAGCCUGCUCAGCCAUCCGCGGCUUUUGGCCAGAGUCGGCAGCGGGGUGUGAGCUUGGUGGAUAACGGCCCCGUGUCGUCGGGUGGUGUGCGCCGCAUAUCACGGCCGACAAGGCGGUCGACAGCACAGGCCCCGCCUCAGCAGAACCAGAACCAGAACCGCUACUCACGAGGUGGAUCCGUCCCUAUGCCUAAUCAGCACCUCCCGCCGGGUGCGGCCCCGCCGCAAUCUGGCUAUGGAUACUAAAGACCAAAUCUUACGCAGAUGUACAGUUAGCACGCAAUCACGCCUCUCAUGGACCUUAGCAUCUUUCUCCUUCCCCUUCUUCACGAUACCUAGCCGUUGAGUAUUUGGACUUCUCCUGCACCAUACACCCAGACUUUAUUCUGCGCUCUCAUGACCAUGUUGAUACGCUUUGUUCGCGCUUUGACAGUAUAUUCCCACGAUUUGCUCGUCCCGGCUACCUUCUUUAUUUCGUCGUAUCAGACUAUACAUUACGUAGUAUUACAUUAUAUCCCCAUUCUUUUCUCUGGAC